AUGUACGGACCCGUCUCACACCUCGCCAGCAUCGACGGAAUCAACGCGCACAAUAUUAAUCUUCAGAAAAGCGGCAUCACCGUCUACGAUCUCUACACAAUGUCAUGUUUCACUUGCUCGACAUCAUGCUACAAAGCUGCUAUCGCUACUCCCGCACCGGCUGGAAGUUUGUGCAAUGUCCAGGCUAAUGGGAUAGCGUUGGCUGGGUCCGGCUCGCUGGCUUCGUACACGGCUGGCAGUCCUUAUACUGUAAGUAUUGAAGAGUGCGCAGCUGUCUGCAUGCGUAUUGAAACAUGUACGAAUGUGUUGUUUGUAGUUGGGAAGAACUGUGAUUUGAAGUUCGGACCGCCGGCGUAUGUUCUCAAUCACAGUGGCGGUAAUGCAUUGUCGCUUUUUGAUAUGUCUUGUUUUACGUGUAUUUACUAG